GAACGCACCAUCCCGGAACGUAACAGAGAGUGAAGAUGGCGUCCUCCUGGAGACGGUUGUUGUGUUUACGCUCCGGGCUCUGGAGCCUGUUGUUUUACUGUGUUUACGCCCACCUAAAGCUCGCUCUGUCGGACGAGGUGGACACAUGCGACAACCUAAGUCUCGGACAGUAUCUCUGCAAAGACCCGAAAAUCGACGAUGCCACCCAGGAGCCGGAGAACUGCCGAGACACGACGGCCUGGGGUGAGUGCCUCCCAGCGCCGAACAUCAGCUGUCGGCUCUCUAACGGGACGGAGUUCAAGUUCAGUGGGGAGGAGGUGGGCUUCAACAAAACCAUCCCCUGCAGGAAUGUGAGUGGUUAUUCCUACAAAGUGGCCGUGGCGUUGUCUCUGUUCCUGGGCUGGCUGGGAGCGGACCGCUUCUACCUGGGAUACCCCGCUCUAGGACUGCUUAAGUUCUGUACCGUUGGUUUCUGUGGAAUCGGCACGCUGAUUGACUUCAUACUGAUCGCCAUGCAGAUCGUGGGUCCAGCGGACGGAUCGAACUACAUCGUGGAUUAUUAUGGCGCCCGUCUGACGCGCCUGUCCAUCACCAACCAGACCUACAGGAAGCCACACCUCGCCCUGUGAUCGCACCGGGACACACAGGUCCGACAUGUAAACAACAACACAGGAUUCACUCAACUUUAUCGACACCCCGACACGGACGUUAACGUCUCACACACACACACACACACACACACACACACACA